CAGUGAGAACAAGGAAGUAACUUUAUAAAAACACAAAUUCACUUUCGUUUUAUAAGAAACGGGAGAAAGGUUCGUCGGUCGCCUCCCGUUACAAUUGUGACUGAGCCCAGUGCCAUGUAAAGAGCUGACCCCAUGGCCUCCGACGCGCCCCCCACUUCUCUGCUGCAGCCGGAGGAGAGAAACUACUCGCAGGUGAUCUUCAGUAAAGUGGAGAAGUCCUAUGAGCCCGGCGCUGAUAUCGACUGUUGCUUCACCUUCACUUCUGAGUUUCAGCCGGAAAGGAAGGACUGGGUGGGCAUCUUUAAGGUGUCCUGGAAGACAACCAGAGAAUACUACACCUGGAUCUCGGCUGUUUGCAGUGAGCCGGGGUCGGAGAAGCGCGUCACCUUCAAAGCUUAUUACUUGCCCAAGGAAAAUGAUGACUAUUACCAGUUUUGCUACGUGGAUCAGAAUGGCGAGGUGCGGGGAGUCAGCGUCCCCUUCCAGUUCUGCCACAAAGUCCUGGAGGAGGACAUUGUCCUGGUGACCACGGAGGAAAAGCAAAGGGACCUACAGGAGACGAUUCUCCAGCUGCAGGCAAAAGUUGCGCUGGUGGAGAAGGAGAAGUGCGGCCUGCGGGAUGAGCGCAAACAGCUGGAGUUAGAACUGGAGAACAAGGCGGCUCAGCAGUUGGAAUGUUCCAAGAGAAAUGACCGGCUGCAACAACAAAAUCAGGAGCUGGAGGAAGAGCUAGAAGAGGAGAGAUGCAGGAACAGGUUUCUUCUCCAGACGGCAGAAGAGGAGCAAAAGAGACUGCAGAACCAGAGUCGAUCUGUGCAGGUGGAGCACAACCAGUUUAAGGAAGAAAAUCUGAACCUUCAAGAACAAAUAAAAGAAAUGGCGUUGUCACUGAAGAAAUACUCCGAAGCAGCAAAAAACAGCCAGGAGGAGGCACAAGUGCUAAAGGGAAAGCUAAGGGACAAUGAGGAAGGACAUCACCUGCUGCAGGAGCAGUUGCAAGAAAUACAGAUGGAGAGGAAGAAGGAUAAGUUUUCAAUAGACUUGCUGACUAAAGAGGUGGCUGGUCUGAGGCAGAACCUGGAGAAGAAGAUGAAGGCUGUGGAGACCACGGAGAAGCAGUUGGAUCCCCUGCAGAGAGAGAAUGCAUCGCUGCUGCAGCAAAUUCAGGAUGUAAAGUGCAUGUUGGAACUGAGAAAGGCUGAAAUCAGUGAUAUGCAAGAACAGCGCAUGAGAGAUUGUGAAGAGAUUGAGCAGCUCAACCGUUUGCUCUCUCAGAGGUCGUUACCCACUCCCCGGCACCAAGGCCUUUAUUCCCACAACCCUCAUGAAGGAGAAAGUCUGAUUUCUUUUGGUAACGAGCCCCAGUACGGAGAAGCUCCUGGAGGCGGCAGCGGGCAGCAAAUAGAAAUGACGUGCCCCGAGUGUGCCGCCGAGUUUGAGGAUUUUCAGGUUUUUCAGGAUCAUGUGAUGUGCCAUGACCUGGCGUCCAUGGGGUAACUUUAGGCAGUCUGUCUCCUAAUCCCCCCAGCCCUCUACUGACAGGGUUACAAUUGGGACUGAGCAGAGAGGUGCAGAUCACCCACUUACUCUCCUCUUACUCUGAUGUCCAGUUCCUUUGUGAUUAAUAUAUAAGAUGACUGAUGAUGUCCAGUAUAAUGACAAUGCUUGUUAUGGGCCUUUACUCUUUAUCUUUGCGUGUCUUUCUAGUGGUCAUUGAAGUGGGGAUAGGAGGAUCCUUUGUAUAUCGUACUCUUAGAGUUCGGGGUUUGAGGUGUGUUUCAUGCUGAGCGAGUACAGCCAUUAACUCAUGCUUUGGUGUCCCCAAAAUACUCUCCCUCUUGGGCCUUUUGCUGAGCUCAGGUUGUACAUCCAGGUCACCCCAAGAGUCGAAUCCACACAAUUGUCCCUUGUCAUUGGUUGAGGUGCAAUAGUAAUCUCUUGUGAUCACGUGAUUCAAGCGGGGUACUUUUCCUUUCCUAAAUCAUGUAAACUUCAACAUGAUCCCCCCCCCCCCCAACCCUGAUUCCAUAGGAUACAUUUUAUAAGUGACCUCUGGGUACAAAACACUCCAGACCUUCAUACGCACUGCUCCCCCACCCCUUAUUGUAUCUGUAGGUAAAAAUUCUGUCAUGGGAAAUGUUUUUGUUUUUUUCAAAAUGCAUCCUUUUGGCAGAAUUCUGCACUGAAAUCUGUUUUUCAAAAGAGCAAACAGAUUUUUUUUUCUAUUUAAUUUUGAAAUCUGACACGGGGCUAGACAUAUUGUCAGUUUCCUAGCUGCCCCCAGUCACUGACUGAACUUCAGUCUCUCUUUACUGCUUUACUGAGGGAUAUCAAUCUGCCCGUUGAGUCUUCUCUUCUGAUUUUCUGUUUUGGAAGAAAACAGUUGGAUAAAAAGGAGCUUGUUCCUAUUAAGCAGUAGUUGGAACUGUAGGUCCUGAGUUCUAACCUGAACAGGACAAUAUUUGCAUGGAGACCCCAUAUCUGUUUCCUCAAGGGACUCCGGUUUUCUCGCACACUCCAAGAACAGACGGACAUUUCUUUUCUCAUAAUGGGAGGGAGCACGGCUGCUGUAUCAAGGGACAGUUGAAUAAAAGACGGGAAACUUUGGGUUGGGCUCUUAGGGCGAUGUCACACUGGGUGUCUUUAAAUAUGCACGGUUGAGCUGAAAACAAUGGAAUAAGUGCUAAAGCAAUUCCCUUUGGGCGUUUGCUAGACUACAUCUGCCAGAUUUUGUGUUUUUCAGCAGAAAUGGCAUAUUAUUCAGCACUAUGCAAUCCACAGUUUUGGGAAAAGACCUCGUUGAAAUAUGCAGUGUAUUUUUCAAUAUGGCGGACAAACUCUUGCACAUUUCAGUCCGGCGCCAUUUUGCUUUUUUUUUUCACAAAAGUUUAAUAAAAUUCUCCCGAACGGAAUUAUGGGGCAAACGAGAAACACCAGAAACGCAUGUUGGGAAAAGAAAACUAACGGCACAUUAUCAUGCGCUUGUGGUUUCACUGGCGUAUUUACACUUGUUUUUCGAAACGCAACGUAAACCAGACACCAGGGUUGCCGGGUUGAAGGUUUUUCAGCCAAAUUGGGCUACUAAUUUAAAACCAAGGAGGGUUUUGAAAGUACAAACUAACCAAGGUAGAGAUUUGGGCUACUGUUUGGGUCUUUGUCUGGUUUGUAGUUUUCUUGAUGUGCCGAGCCUGCGUCUCCCAAUGCAUGUUGGGUAAUGUAGUUUUUGUUUAACAAUUUGCCGACGGCCAAGUUGAAUGUAAGACUACAACACCCAGCAUGCAAUGGGACUGACUUGUGUUGAAGUCGGAAAUUUUGGGCUCUGUACCCCAUUCUGAAAUUAUCCUUAUUGGACCCCUAUACCUCCUGGGCCCCCAAGGACGAAUGUCUCAUUUUGCUUCAUUAAAAAAUUUUGCGAAACAGCGAAAAUUUGAAAAAGGGCGAAUUUUCACAAAUUCAUUUAUUUUUUUGACUUUUUUUCCCUGCACGUAUUUUACUAUUUUUCGGCUACUAUUGGAAGCGCCUCUUGGCUAGUUUUGGGGCUGGUUUCGUAGCCGAACGCUCCUGUGUUUUUAAACGGCAUCAAUUGUAGAUGAACGUACAUUUCGGUUUGGAAAUGAAACAACAUUGAGCAAGUGAUUAUCAAUAUGUGUUUGUUUUGCUGAAGCUUUGCCCUCAACGUUGUAUCCGUUAUGACUUGUUGGAAUGUUUAAACGAAUAAAUAACAAUUAUUUAAAUACGA